GGAAUGGUUUUUCCAGGUUUCACAAGAAGUGUUGAAUCCCAUGUACUGUCUAUUUGAAUAUGCCAACAAGAGUAAUUAUUGUUUACAAAUCAAUGCAGCAUCGUCGGUAAACCCAGAUCAUUUAUUGUACUUCAGGUUUGUUGGAAGGUUUAUAGCCAUGGCAUUGUUUCACCAAAAGUUUAUAUACAGUGGUUUCACUAUGCCAUUUUACAAAAGAAUGCUGAGUAAGAAAUUAACUUUAAAGGACUUAGAGACAAUUGAUCCAGAGUUUUAUAAUUCACUAGUAUGGGUCAAGGAUAACAAUGUUGAAGACUGCGGUUUAGAUUUAACAUUUAGUGCUGACUUUGAUGUUCUUGGUAAAGUGGAGAGCCAUGAUUUGAAACCAGGCGGCAGUGAAAUUGCUGUGACUGAAGAAAACAAAGAAGAGUAUUUAAGUUUGAUGACUGAAUGGCGAUUUAAUCGUGGAAUUGAAGAACAGACAAAAUCAUUCUUAGAAGGUUUCAAUGAAGUACUCCCCUUACAAUGGUUGCAAUAUUUUGAUGAAAGAGAACUUGAAUUGAUGCUGUGUGGAAUGCAAGAAAUUGACAUGGAUGACUGGCAACGCAAUACUAUCUACAGACACUAUACAAGAAACAGUAAACAAGUUGUUUGGUUCUGGCAGGCAGCUAAAGAUUUUGAUCAUGAGAAAAGAGCACGUCUUCUACAGUUUGUCACUGGCACUUGUAGAUUACCAGUUGGUGGGUUCACUGAGUUAAUGGGGAGUAACGGUCCUCAGAAGUUCUGUAUAGAAAAGGUUGGUAAAGAAACUUGGUUACCAAGAAGUCAUACAUGCUUCAAUCGACUGGAUCUACCACCUUAUAAAAGUUAUGAGCAACUUCUGGAAAAACUCACAUUUGCCAUUGAAGAAACAGAAGGUUUUGCCCAGGAAUAAUGUAAAAGGAUAUCUCGUAUAAUAGCAUUCAUAAAGUCUCAAGGGCGCAU